UUUGCUACAUUGUUAUUUGUUAUAUUGAAAAACUGUGGAAUAACAGGACAGCACAACAUUAAUUUUUCUCCGGGUGAAGAGCCAAUUGUUCAUGAAUUAUUUGGACUUGCUAUCUCAAAUUGUGUGAAUAACUGGCCACUGUUUGAUUCAGCAUUCAACCUCAUUCUAUCAGAAAGAAAAGGUGAGAAAAAUAGAGAGUCUUAGACGGUGACUCGGUAUCACGCUUUGGGUGUUAUAAUUAAGGCGUCAGCAAGAUAUUAUUGAUUGGGAUCUUCACAAACAUGACGACAGUUUGCUUAUCUUAGUCCUGUUUCAGCAUUAUUUCUAGACGUUAAUCAAGAGGAAUCUCCAUUCGCACUUGGAGCAUUGCUAUGGAGAAUGGGCAAUCUAAGAUUGGCGAGGGCAGACUCUUUCUUGGAAAACAUCCAUCGCAUCCCAAUAAGAAAUUACACAGGAGAUUACUUCUGGAGUUUAUGGGGUUUAUUCCAUCUAUCCUAUAUGCUCUUCCCGCUGUCGCCGCACCUAUGUUUGAGAUGAAGGAACCUGAAGUGGCUCGGACAUUGAAGCUUGCGGAUGGGGUGAGGGUUCAAGAGAUUGUUGAAGGGGAAGGACCAGAAGCCCGUGAUGGUGAUCUUGUCGAAGUUAAUUAUGUGUGCAGGCGCUCAAAUGGGUAUUUCGUUCAUAGUACUGUAGAUCAGUUUAGUGGAGAAAGCAUGCCUAUUGUACUUCUGUUGGAUGAGAACCAAAUCAUCAAGGGUCUCAAGGAAAUUCUGGUUGGCAUGAAGGUUGGAGGAAAGAGGAGAGGGCUGAUCCCUCCUUCUGUUGGAUACAUAAACGAAAGCCUGAAGCCAAUUCCUGAUGAGUUUGGACCUCGGAGGAGCCUUUUGUCACACGUGAACGAGCCCUUGAUAUUUGAGGUGCAGCUAUUGAAAGUGCUAUGACAUUGUAUCUUGAUAUCCUUGCAAUUUCCUCCUCCCGUGUUUCAUUCGAGUUUUUUCACGCCCAAGGAAUGUCAUAAAAUGCUCAGACAUCCUCAAGAUGACCACUAUUCACGUUGGUCUCACUUGAGCGGGAUCUGUUCUUGUCAAGAUGCACGACGCCUCUCUGUUUUCCCCCUCCCUUUCUUGCUUUUCUAACGUGUGUGCAUUAGCAAUGAAGCCUGACUUGAUUUUAUGCCCCUUAA